AUGCCUGAUCAAGACAAAAAGGUGAAGAGCACAGAGAAAUCAGCCGAGAGAAACCAGGAAGAAGUCACCACCAGGGAUUAUUCAGAUCUUAAAAGACUUCGGUGCCUUCUGAACGUCCAGUCAAGUAAACAACAGCUUCCAGCCAUUAACUUCAGUAGUGCCCACAUGACCAAGUCCGAGCCACCCAUCAAGGGGGGCAGUCACAGAGCUCGAGGUCAAUGGCACGAGUCCACAGAAGCUGUCGAACUUGAAAAUUUUAGUAUAAACUACAAGAAUGAGCGAAAUUUUAGCAAACACCCCCAGCAUCAACUAUUUCAGGAGAUCUUCACAGCCCUGGUGAAAAAUAGACUCAUAUGCAGAGAGUGGGUUAAUCGAGCCCCAUCUAUUCAUUUUCUAAGAGUGUUAAUCUGUCUGAGACUGUUAAUGAGGGAUCCAUGCUAUCAGGAAAUACUCCACAGCCUGGGUGGGGUCGAAAACCUAGCUCAGUACAUGGAGAUGGUGGCCAACGAGUACCUGGGCUACGGCGACGAGCAGCAUGGCGUGGACAAGCUGGUCAACAUGACGUAUAUUUUCCAAAAACUAGCUGCUGUCAAAGACCAGAGAGAGUGGGUCACCAUGAGCGGAGCGCACAAGACAUUAGUGAACUUACUUGGUGCCCGAGACACCAAUGUUCUGUUGGGCGCUCUUCUAGCGCUGGCUAGCUUAGCUGAAAGUCCAGAAUGUAGGGAGAAGAUCAGUGAGCUCAACAUUGUAGAAAACCUACUGAUGAUUUUGCAUGAAUAUGACUUGCUUUCCAAAAGGCUCACUGCCGAGUUACUCCGCCUCCUUUGCGCCGAGCCUCAGGUGAAAGAGCAGGUGAAGCUCUACGAGGGCAUCCCCGUCCUCCUGAGUCUGCUCCACUCUGACCACCUGAAACUGCUCUGGAGCGUCGUCUGGAUCCUGGUGCAGGUGUGCGAGGACCCGGAGACCAGCGUGGAAAUCCGCAUCUGGGGAGGCAUCAAGCAGAUCCUGCACAUUUUACAAGGGUGCGGAGCAGCCCUGUCUGGGCCAGUGGGUGGGCACAGAGACCAAAGGGGAGAGAGAGCACAUGUGAGCAGAGCCUGCUGCGCGGCCCUCACUGAAUUGGUGCUCAAUGACACAAAUGCCCACCAGGUGCUCCAGGAAAAUGGUGUAUAUAUAAUAGCAAAACUCAUUUUACCAAACAAACAAAAGAAUGCAGCAAAAACGAAUCUACUACAGUGUUACGCUUUCAGAGCCUUGAGAUUCCUCUUCAGUAUGGAAAGAAACAGGCCACUGUUUAAAAGACUUUUCCCCACGGACUUGUUUGAGAUCUUCAUCGAUAUAGGACAUUAUGUGCGCGAUAUCAGUGCCUACGAAGAGCUGGUGUCCAAGCUGAAUCAGUUGGUGGAGGAUGAGCUGAAGCAAAUUGCAGAAAACAUCGAAAGCAUUAAUCAGAAUAAAGCGCCCUCAAAGUACAUAGGCAACUACGCGAUUCUGGAUCACCUUGGAAGUGGGGCUUUUGGCUGUGUUUACAAGGUUAGAAAGCGUAGUGGCCAAAAUCUUUUGGCCAUGAAAGAAGUCAAUCUACAUAACCCAGCGUUUGGCAAGGAUAAGAAAGAUCGAGACAGCAGUGUCAAGAAUAUUGUUUCUGAACUGACAAUUAUCAGAGAGCAACUUUACCACCCAAAUAUUGUACGCUAUUACAAAACAUUUCUGGAAAAUGACAGAUUAUAUAUAGUCAUGGAGCUCAUAGAAGGCGCCCCUCUGGGAGAGCAUUUUAGCUCUUUGAGGGAAAAGCAGCAGCAUUUCACUGAAGAAAGGCUGUGGAAAAUCUUUAUACAGCUGUGCUUGGCUCUUCGGUACCUGCACAAGGAGAAGAGGAUUGUCCACAGAGAUCUGACACCAAACAACAUCAUGCUGGGGGACAAGGACAGAGUGACCGUGACUGACUUUGGCCUGGCGAAGCAGAAACAAGAAAACAGUAAACUCACGUCUGUUGUGGGGACGAUCCUGUACUCCUGCCCCGAGGUCCUGAAGAGCGAGCCCUAUGGGGAGAAGGCUGAUGUCUGGGCGGCUGGCUGCAUCCUUUACCAGAUGGCGACGCUGAAUCCUCCUUUCUACAGCACCAACAUGCUCUCCUUGGCCACUAAGAUUGUGGAGGCAGUGUAUGACCCUGUGCCAGAAGGCAUCUACUCUGAGAAAGUGACCGAAACCAUCAGCAGGUGCCUCACUCCAGAUGCGGAAGCCCGCCCAGAUAUUGUCGAGGUCAGUUCCAUGAUAUCAGAUAUCAUGAUGAAAUAUUUAGACAGCUUGUCUACAUCCCAGCUGGUCUUAGAGAAGAAGCUGGACCGAGAACGCAGGCGCACACAGCGGUACUUUAUGGAGGCCAACCGGAACGCUGUCUCUUGUCACCAGGAGCUGGCCCUGCUGUCUCAAGAGACCUUCGAGAAGGCCAGCCUGAGCAGCAGCAGCAGCGGGGCGGCCAGCCUCAGAAGCGAACUGUCAGAAAGUGUGGAGCUGCCAGCCGAGAGCUUCCAGGCCCCUUGUGGGAAGGACGAAGACAGGGCCUGUGAUGAAAUCCUCUCAGAUGAUCACUUCAACCUGGAAAACAUAGACAAAGAUAUAUAUUCAGAACUCGAGGAAGAGGUGGAUAUUUCGGAUAACUCGAGCAGCUCCAGUUCCAGCCCUUUGAAGGAGGCUACCUUCAGCAUUUUAAAGAGAAGUUUUAGUGCUUCAGGAGGAGAAAGACAAUCACAAAUCAGGGAUUUCCCGGGCGUCCUGGGAUCCAAGCCGAGACCAGCUUUGCUGCCUUUUGACCUGCUUCUGAAAGUGCCACCCCUCAUGCUCAGGGCCCAUGUUAAGGACCUAGAGGCCAAGUUAGUGACAGGAUGGCAGUCCCAUAGCCUCCCUGCUGUGCUGCUCCACAGUUUCAAAGCUCAUGCCUCUGCAGGGAUUGCUGUAUCCCAGAGGAAAGUACGCCAGAUCAGUGAUCCUAUUCAGCAGAUUUUAAUUCAGCUACAUAAAAUCAUCUAUAUCACACAGCUUCCUCCUGCAUUGCACCACAACUUGAAAAGAAGGGUUAUAGAAAGAUUCAAGAAAUCCCUCUUCAGUCAGCAGAGCAACCCUUGCAAUUUGAAAUCGGAAAUUAAAAAGUUGUCUCAAGGCUCCCCAGAACCAAUCGAGCCCAACAUCUUCACAGCAGAUUACCAUUUAUUACAUCAUUCAUCUGCAGGAAACAGCAUAUCCCCAAAUGACCCAACAGGCCUAUCCAGCAGCUUCGACUUGGAGGAGGGAAUAACAUAUGAGCAAAUGCAGGCCGUGAUUGAAGAAGUUGUAGAGGAAAGUGGCUAUUAUAAUUUUAUAUCAAACAGGUAUCACUCCUAUCCAUGGGGGACCAAGAAUCUUCCAGCCAAAAGAUGA